CCAUUGGCCGUUGGUAGUCGCGGACGCGCGUUCAACGUAGCUUCGUCUCUUAAUAACUCUGUUAUUAGUUCUGAUUUACAAAAAUAUGACCAGUUGAUAUAUUGAAGUGUUAUUUCGUGUGUGAUUCCAGUGAAUUUAUUGUGUACACAAACACGAACACAAUUGGAUUGAUACAAACAUGCCGAUCGGUAACGUGAGCAGAGACAAUAGUGCGAGACGGGAUAGCUUCAGACCUCCUUGGGUCAAAGACAAGGAUACUGAGGCCCCUCCAUCAUGGACACAGAAGAAACUUAAACCAGUCGACAGCACAACCAAGACGAUGGACACAACUAAAUCUGUAGAUGAACCAACAACCAAACCAUUGAAACCUGUACUAAAAAAACAAUCAACAAUAAAAGAAAAAACAAAAAACGGUGUGUCUGAUCAAGUAGAAGAAAAACUGAUCAAGCCUUCUGCAGCAAAAGAGGCCGAUAAAGCAAACAGACCAGCUGAUGAGAAACCACGGUUUUCAAAGUCUAACUUAAAAACUGUCAAGACAAUAAACUCGGAAGAGAAGAAUGACAAAGUACCAGAGAGGCCAAUUUUAAAAAGUGUUAAAACCAUUGAUGACAAAGCCAAAGACAAAACUGUUACUAUUGUAGAUCAAAAGCAACCUGAUAAAAAUGGCAUAAAACAGAAUUCGACUGCCGAUAAGUCGACAAAUGGAAAACUGCCAACAAAUUCGUUAAAAAAAGAUAAUAAACCCAUUGAAAAACCCAUAGAAAAAGUGAAAGUCGAGGUAAAACCUAAAUCGAAAGUAGAAGAAAAGGUAAAAUCGGAAAAUUCUAAAGCGGAAGAAAAAGGAAAAACUAUUGAUAAACCAAAAACAGAAGAAAAAAUACAAGUCUCAUCAAAGCCUAAAGUAGAAGAAAAUUCUCAAGACAAGACAAAAAUGGCAACUAAACCACCUAUCGAAAAGCCUACAGCAAAGCUUCCCCCUGCGCCACGGAAAGCAUCUUUACAAAAAGCACCAUCAAAAGACGAAGUUAACAUGAAGAAGUGGCGAGACCCACUGCACGAACGAGUGAAAGAGAAUAUAGACAAAACACUAGCAAAUGAAAUACCGAAAGGACACACAUUAACCAAGAACGAAAGUUUGAGAAGUUUACUGAAACCCACUCCUCCUCCAAUGCCACCACCACUGCCACCAAAGAUGCCUCCACCGCCUGAAUUUAAGAAGUCGCCUCUCGAUCCAUCUAAAUUGAAGAAAAUAGAAUCACUUCGCAGUAGACCCAGGAAGAGGCCCGACUGGAGUGACAUGAUGAAAGAAGUAGAACAAGGGAGGAAGCUUAAACAUGUCGUCUGUAAUGAUAGGUCAAGCCCAAUCAUCACACGAUCGACAGUUGUUAAAAACAAAGACCAAUUCAUCUUCGAAUCAGAAAAGCCAAACUCGCACAAUGAACUACUAAAAGAAAUUUCCAAAGGCAUAAGACUUAAAAAGGUCAAGACUAACGACAGGAGUAAACCGAAUUUAGAAGGAUUAAGAAAGUUCAGAAGACAAAUGACGAUAGAAGAACAAGUACAAAAAUCGAUGUCGCAAGCAAAUCUUGCCGCUUCACCAUCUGGAAUUAUUGUACCAGGAGUUGCAGAGGUUCCUGCCGCUGAAGAAGAGGAUAUUGAUGAAAUGGACGACAUUGAUAAAGUCAGAGAUGAUCUACAGUCAACGAAACAACUUCUUGCAAUAGAAUUGAGAAAUAAGGAAGUUCAAGAAAGAGAAAACAAGCGCCUGUUAACGAGAAUACAUAAUCUUGAAGCAGAAUUGGCAAGAGAACGUGCUAUUAUAAAACAAGAACAACACAAAACUGUUAUAUCAGUUACCGAUGCUUACGAUGAGAGACUCGUAAAUAAUCUAAAAAUGGAAGUCGAAAAAGCGAAAGAGACAGCUGACAAUUUGGAGAAGCAAUAUUUAGAAGCGGCAGAAGAAAGGGAUACAGCACAAUCGGAGUUAGAAGAAAUGAAGAGAAGAAACGCAGAACUGGAAAAGAAAUUGGAACAAGCUUUAUCGGGAAUAAUGCCGACGAGUGUUGGCUCCAGACGAUCCAGUCACGCUAUAAAGCAACUCUCCGUAACAAAGGAUGAUAGUUUUGAAGAAGAGGAAGAAUCCGAGGACGAAGAGGAAGAAAGUGAAGAGAAGAAGCAAAAGCGGUUCGAGAAAGAAAUACGAAACAUGAGAAAUAAGAUCUCACAUUUGAAACAAAAGCAAGACAAUAUGAAGAGAGAGCGUAUGGGUUAUAAGAUGGCACUUAAGAAUCAACAGGCAGCACUUAAGGAAGAAAAACGAAAGUACAAAGAGUUGAAGCGCGAAGUAGACAAGAUGGCAGCAAUGAUGAAAGAAGUCGGAUCAGAUGAAGAAGAAGAAGAGGAGGAGGAAGAGGAAGAAUCUGAAGAAGAGAAAAAGAGUGAAAGCGAAGAGGAGACAGAAACCGAAACAGAGCAGGACACAGAAAGCGAAACUGAGAGCGAAAGUGAACCAGAGGACUCUCCCUUACCAAACAAGAAGGAUAACCUCACAAAACGUCUCAAGAGGCACGAAACCAGGGUGAAUGCUUUAAAGAAAGGCAACGCUCUCCUCAUGGCUAACGUAGAUCGACUCAAAGACGAUGUACUCAAGCAAAGAGAGGAGUCCAUGACAUUACAGAAGGAGCUAGACUCACUAAUCGACGAUCUAGAAUAAGACAUAGCAUGCGUUAUUUGUGAUAUGAUGAAACUUCGAUACUCUACAAUACACUGUUAUGUACGUUGAAUUGAAUUUAUGCAUCAUCUAUGGAAUUAACGUACAUUUAAUAGCAAUUUAAAGCACUAGUUAGGUAAUUUAAAAUUGAUAAGCUUUCCCAAACUACUAGCAAAUAUUUUAAGCAAAAAAGUGUGACAACCUUAAUUUUUUUGCGGAACAAGUAGAAACAAAACGACCCAAGUUAAAUUCAAAUGAUCAGACGAAAAUGCUUUUUUCUUUUUGUCAAGUCUAGAUCUUAAUUGUCACAUGUAAUUUUCUAUUGAUUUUAAUUACGUAGGACUUUAAGCUCAUUUAUUUAUUUUUUACUUUUUUACAUAACUCAUUAAAUAAGCGGGAAUAUAUUUUUAAUAUACGAAAAAUCCCACCAUUUUCCGCAAUGUUAAUUGACAUUAUUGAGCUAACUACAUGUAACACUCAUUAUAAAAAAAUUAAAACCCACUAGUAUAAAUCAGGUUGCUAAUAUACAUGUUAGGCUGAGAGAGAACGUAUACACAAGGCAUACAUGCCCUGUGUAUACGCUCAGUAAUAACUGGCAAUUUUAACUAAACAGUCAAACGUUAUUCUUUUAUUCCUUGUUUAAUUAGAAUAAUUCUAUUUAGUGAAAUGAACGCCUUAAUUACAUUAUUUGUAUUGUGAAAAUGCAGCCAUAUAUUAAGCAAUAUGUAUAUCAACGCUAAAUGAUUUAAUUUUUUAGACAUAUUUGAAUUACGAUUUUUUAACUUGUAAAUAAUUUACACAUAAGCUGAGUUUUACUAUUAAUUGUAAUUGUAAACAUGAUUGUACUAAUUA